CCCGCGCCCCGCUCCCGGCCCCCCCAGCCCGUCCGGAGCGCGCGGGCGGCGGGAUCGCGGCGGCCCUGGGUCCCCAAGGCGCAGCCCCGGGGCCCGCGGGCGCGGGGGAGAGGAGGCGGGGCGGCGGGCCGGGGCGGAGCGGAGCGGCGGCGGCCGCGAGCCGAGCGGCGUCCCUGAUCGGUGUCCGCCGGCCGCCAGGCGCAGCCAUGGAGGUCUACAUCCCGUCCUUUCGCUACGAGGAGAGUGACCUGGAGCGGGGAUACACGGUGUUUAAGAUAGAAGUGCUAAUGAAUGGAAGAAAACAUUUUGUUGAGAAAAGGUACAGCGAAUUUCACGCCUUGCACAAAAAGCUUAAGAAAUGUAUUAAAACUCCAGAAAUCCCUUCAAAACAUGUGAGGAACUGGGUCCCAAAAGUGUUGGAACAACGACGACAAGGCUUGGAAACCUAUUUACAGGCUGUCAUUUUAGAAAACGAAGAACUUCCCAAACUGUUUCUUGAUUUCCUAAACAUACGGCACUUGCCAUCUCUACCAAAGGCGGAGAGUUGUGGGUCUUUUGAGGAAACAGAAUCUGAAGAGUCAAGCAAACUGUCCCACCAGCCGGUGCUGCUGUUCCUCCGGGAUCCAUACGUCUUGCCUGCAGCCAGCGAUGUCCCCAACGUGGUCAUCGAAGGAGUUCUCCACGGGAUCUUCUACCCUCACCUGCAGCCCAGGUAGAAAGCCUGCCGCGGGGGCCGGAAGAAGCUGAAGCCCGUUGCCACGCUGUAGUCAAGGAAAUCGAUCACCUACCAAAUUAACCCAGACUCUAGGACAUAGCAGCUCUAGGUAGUGGUGAGAUUCACAGGCCCCGCUUCACUCAGGGCAGGGACAUUUCCAUUAGAAUGGUGCUUUUAAAAAUAGAAACGGAACCAGGGCUAUGCUGAGGUCAAGGCCACACGUUCACAGCAUAGACUGUAGCUGCCAGUUUAGAGACCCAUGAGCAGGGCGCCCGGGAGGAUCGCCAGGGAGCACCCGGAGCGACGGAGCCCCGUGACUCCUGGCCUCACGCGGACCGUCUGCUAAUUGAAAAGCUGAUCCUGAGUCGCACUGAGGCUGAUCAACUCCGGUACUUCCUGGAGGAGAGUUGAAAACUCUCAUGUUUUCAUCCUGAGGUUUCCUCGGCCGGGGAUAGAUACGCUCUGAAGUGCGGGCACCGGAAGGGUAUCACAGAAACGCACACUGCUGACUGUGAGGAAGGCGCUAAACUGGAAAUUAAAUUCUGCUGACAGUGUCAGGGCACCUUUUAAAUCAUGGCGUUUUUAAUUGACAUGACAGUGGAGUUGAGUCAUACCCCGGGGUUAGCAUCUAUCGUCAGUUCGUGAGGUAAAAUGAAAGCCCUUCGGGAAGGCAUCCUGUUGGAAAUCUGUUCACAUCUCCAAUGGCCGUUUUUUCCUCCAGUGUUGGGAGAAAGGACUGCUGCUUCCACCGAAGACCAAUAGAAAUUAUUGGUGUGUGUUUGGGGGCUACACCUACACCUGCAAGAUGCUUGUCCCCUGAGACAGCAUGGGCACUGACCGUGAUCGAGGGGACGUUCCGCACUGACAGCACUCACUUGGUUUACACAGGGCGUCCAUUCACUGAGUAGGUGGUAUUGCCAUGGGAUUUACUGUUAUUUUCUUACUGUUUCCUUUUUCGCUGACCUCAUGUCUUGAAUUAAAUGUAAGUUAAAUGUGUCUAUGAUAGGACUCUACUGUACACCUUGCGGACAUUUGUAAUUUGAGUAGUAAAGGAUAUAAGCAUAUGUGCAGCCUGUAUGUAUAUGCUGUCAUUUGGGCAUUUCAUUGAAAAUUAAUUAAUAGCUCAAUUAUUUAUGAUUAUUUUAAUAAGCUUCUGGGUGGGAGAGAAGAAUAUUUAGGUUCAAAGCUAAUUACUGAAUCAUGUUACUUGAUUAAGAUUUAAAUAUACAAGUUGAAAGUCUGAUGCAAACUUUUUAGAGAUAUGUUUAUGAUAGAUACGGUACCACAUAUUAGGAACAAGCAAGAACUACUCAAUGUCACCAACCAAAAAUAACUGAAUGGUCAAGUGUUGGAGAUAUUUUUUUAAUGUUUUUGUUAUUAGCUAUUUUGAGUUAAAUAAAAACAGCAAGAA